UUACAACAUCAGAGUCUGAUGAAAAUCAUUAGCAACUCUCACUCUACAACCUAAAAGCCAACGUCUAGUUCCUACAUACACAUGCAGAAAGAGACUUAGUCAUGAAACAUCUGCUACUACUGAUCACAACUCUGUGCAGUCUCCCUCUCUCAGGAGCAUAUUGGAUUGUAGGGGGGCAUGAAGCCAAACCACACUCCAGACCUUACAUGGCAUCACUGCAAUACAAGAAUGACCAUUUCUGUGGAGGGGCUCUCAUCAAGAGUAAAUGGGUACUCACAGCAGCACACUGCAUGGACGACCUGUCUGCGAACUCCAUCCGUGUGGUACUUGGCGCUCAUAAAUUUUCUGCACCAGACAAAUAUUUGCAGGUGUUCAGUGUCUUAAAUUCCAUUAAGCAUCCCAAUUACAGUAUGUCAACCUAUGAGAAUGAUAUCCUUUUGCUGAAGCUGAAUGAUUCUGCCGUCGUCAGUACAGGAGUGAAGCCCAUCGCUCUUCCACGUAAAUCCUCAAAAGUAAAGCCUGGAACACCCUGCUCAGUGGCUGGUUGGGGUUAUGUGUCUGAUUCACAUCUCAAACCUAAAUCUUUGAUGGAGACAGAUGUCGAUAUAAUCAGCCAGAAAUACUGCAGGAAUUUUUGGCCUGAUAUCUUCCAAAGUAUGGUUUGUUCUGCUACCCCAGGAAAAAUCAAAGGAUUUUGCAGUGGUGACUCGGGAGGACCUCUUGUGUGUAAGGAUCGUCUGGAAGGCUUGGUCUCUUUUUCUGGAAAGCAUUGUGGAAAUCCUCUCACCCCAGAUGUGUACACACGUGUUUCAUACUUUUUGCCAUGGAUCCAGGAAGUGAUCAAGGGAGAAAUACAGAGCACUUGAUGUAGUCAAUAUAGCCCUUUAUAUUGAAUCGUAUAUCUCCUUUGUGGGGGUCAACUUUUUAAACAGGCAGGGGCUUGGUUAUACAUAUAUCCUUUUAUAUGUGUUUGAUAUGCACAUCUUAUACACAAGUAGAAAAACAUGGAGAACAAUAAAU